AUGCUCUGCUUCUCAUCGUCGUUUGCCCUAUUUGUGGCGAUUAUCGCUACGCAUCUCGUUAAUCGAACGUCUCAACGAAUUUCCGAUGAAGUUCGAUACCGUGCCUCCUCAAAGAUGUGGAGCACAUCAGCCGAGAGGAAAUCAAAAGUGGUUGACGGAAGUUCCAGGAAUAGAGGUUCCGACGAAAAUCCACACAAAAAAGUGUGGGAAAUGAUAGUGAGCGGCAGCACAAAAACGACUUCACAAAUUUCGAUAGGAACCUCGUCAUCAGAAUCGGAUGAGUUGAACGAGGAUAACUUACGAAACAGGACUGUACUGGACCGAUCUUUGAUUUUUCCUAUGAGACAGCCAAACGUUGGAGGAAUAAUAGCAUUCCCGCCACCAUUACCAACUAUUUACGGCCAUGAUCGAAGUCUUCCCUUUGGGACCGCUUUCGUGAAAUCCAAGAAGAAAUUUAGACGAAUGUUCAGAGGAAGUGUAAGAGGCUUGUCGUAA